UACCCGCCCACUACACCGGUUUUUUUCACAGCACAAAACCGGCGAGAGGAAUUUGGUGCCACUGGGGACGUUUUCUCUACACCAGACGAAGCUCACCAACACCAACAACACCAGAAUGGCUGCUCCAGAGGCUGAUAUUGAUGCUACAAAGCUCUUGUCCAAUCUUUCGCUUGCCGCAGACGCCAAAACAACCGAUUCUGCUCUUGGUUCAGCACCAAAACCCACCCCUGCUGCUGAAGAACCACCAAAGGAUGCCCCAGUGGAAUCCCAGCUAAUAACCUCUUCCUACGAGGUCAAAGUCAAGCUAUCUGAUAUCCAAGCUGACCCCAAUUCUCCCUUGUUUUCUGUCAAAUCCUUUGAAGAAUUAGGAUUGUCGCCUGAAUUGUUAAAGGGUUUAUAUGCCAUGAAAUUUUCAAAACCAUCAAAGAUCCAAGAGAAAGCCUUGCCUUUAUUGAUCAAUGAUCCUCCAAAGAACUUCAUUGGCCAAUCCCAGUCUGGUACUGGUAAAACUGCUGCUUUUUCUUUAAACAUGUUAUCCAGAGUUGAUCCCAGUUUAAACAAAGUCCAGUGUGUUUGUCUUUCACCUGCAAGAGAAUUGUCUAGACAAACGUUGGAAGUUAUUCAAACCAUGGGCAGAUUUACAAAGAUCACAACUAAAUUGGUUGUUCCAAAUUCCUACGAAAGAAACACUCAAAUUAAUGCACACAUUUUAGUCGGUACCCCAGGUACUUUAUUAGAUUGUAUCCGAAGAAAACAUAUCGAUUUAUCUGCUUUAAAAGUCUUUGUUUUAGACGAGGCCGAUAAUAUGCUAGAUUUGUCAGGACUAGGUGAUCAAUGUAAAAGAAUCAAAAAACUUUUACCUGUCAAUACUCAAUUGGUUCUAUUUAGUGCCACUUUUCCUGAUAAAGUCCGAAAAUUUGCUGAAAAAUUUGUUCCAAAUGCAAACUCUUUAGAAUUAAAACAUGAAGAAUUAAAUGUUGAUGCAAUCAAACAGUUAUAUAUGGAUUGCGAUGAUGAUCAAAAUAAAUAUGAAGUAUUAUCCAAUCUAUAUGGAAUAUUAACAAUUGGUUCUUCAAUUAUUUUUGUUCAAACAAAGGAUACUGCAAAUAAAUUAUAUUUUUCAAUGAAAAAGGAUAACCAUUCAAUCUCAUUAUUACAUGGAGAUUUAGAUCAUGCCGAAAGAGAUAGACUAAUUGAUGAUUUCAGAGAAGGCAGAUCAAAAGUCUUGAUUACAACUAAUGUUUUAAGUAGAGGUAUUGAUAUACCUUCGGUUUCAAUGGUUGUCAAUUAUGAUUUACCUGUUGAUAGAAACGGUUUAGCUGAUCCCUCAACUUAUUUACAUAGAAUUGGUAGAACUGGUAGAUUUGGUAGAGUCGGUGUAAGUAUAAGUUUAAUCAGCGAUAGACAAUCUUAUAAAGUUUUAAAUGAUAUUAGAAAAUAUUUUGGAAAUAUUGAAAUGACAAGAGUUCCAACUGACGAUUGGGAAGAAGUUGAAAGAAUUGUCAAUGCAGUUCUUAAAAGUUAAUAAAAUAUUAAAAUAUUAAAAUAUUAAAAUAAAAUGUGUUAUAUCUAAUAAUCUCUCAUUUCUCAUUUCUCAUUUCUUAUUUCUCAUUUCUCAUAUCCUAUUUCUAGUUUAUAUUUUUUUAUUUAGUUAAUAAUUAAUACUAUUUCAAAAAAAAAUAUAAAAACAUAAAAUGAAAUGGGAUGAAAUAUACUACUUUAUUAGUAUA